CGGAUACGUGCACGCAAAGAAGCUUGUGCUCCGCCGUGCUAUCGCCUGUGUUUGACGGCAACUCUCGAAUCGAGAUGCUAUCCUCCAGUUUCUCGACUUGGCGCAGUACAACCACCCGUGGGCGACGGAGGCCACACCCGUCUGGUCGGGACGAUGGGCCAGGUUCCGCGAGAGACGACUCGACUUCGACUCGAUGUGAGGAGAUGUGAUGUGGCAGCGGCUCGGAUCGAGUCCAGUCCGGCAGUUGUGCUUGCGUCCACGGGUCUCGCCGAGACGUCCCAGCGCAUAUCUAUCUCGCACUACUCCUCUCACUGAACUGGAUCUUGCCAUUCUUCGCAUCUCUUCCACCGCUUCAACACUGUUCUUUACAAGACCUAAUAGCCCGCAAUCGCAUUACGCUGCUGAAAAGCAAACAUCCAGUCACCGCAACCCAGGCCCCUGGAGCACGCUGCUUCCAACUUCAUCGUUUCUCCUUGAGCAACAACGCCCAUCUCGGGAGUUCACGAGAGCCAAAGAAAAGCAAAAAGGAAGACAAAAAAUGUGCACCUACACCACACACAUCCGCGUCUGCGGCCGCUGCGCCGGCGAGGACACGGUGCUCAUCUCGGAGCAACUCUGCGCGGUAGCCAAGGCCAGCGGCAUCUUUGGCAGCUGCCUCGAGGGCAUCUACUCCCAGCGCGACGCGACGGGCUAUCAGUGCUGUAAGUUGGCACGCCCAAGCAAUUCUCUGUUGCUUGCUGGUUAUCAUACGCCCCCAUGGGUUAUUACGACUCCUUCUGUCUCGCUCCCAUCCCCGGUUCAAAAAACUUCUUGGCCACCUGGGAGACUUGAUGAAGACUUAACGACGACAGAGCGAGAUGGCUGACAGUGAUAGUAGGGCAGUGCAAGGAGAGCAGCGUGCCUGUGGCAGUGGUCGCCGUUCCUGCUACUGCUGCUGCUACUGCUGGUUUUGGGAUGGCGGGGAGAAGAAGGAAGACCGUCGAUGGGAUGGCAUAUGCGCAUGGGAGGAGG